CGGAGGGCCAUAGGGUAAAACAAGCAUGGCUGGUAACAUGAGUAGCAGCUUUGCCCCUACAGCUAGUUCUCUGUCUAAAUUGCAGUCUCUGAAUGGGCUCUUUGCCAUUUAUAAAAAACAAGGGCCUACGUCUGCAGAAUUGUUGAAUACGUUCAAAGAGGCUCUGCUCAAGGAAGCCGGUGUACAAAACCCAAAUCCGCGAAAGAGAAAGAAGCAGAGCCUGAAGCUGGGGCACGGAGGGACUCUGGACAGUGCUGCCAGUGGAGUGUUAGUUGUCGGUGUUGGAUAUGGCACAAAAAAGCUCAGUACCAUGUUAGCGGGUUCAAAGAAAUAUGUUGCUGUGGGGGAGCUGGGAAAAGCAACAGACACUCUUGAUGCUACUGGUAAAGUGAUUCUAGAGAAAGACUUUGAACACAUUACCAGGCAGGACAUUGAGGAGAAGCUGAAAUCCUUCACUGGUGACAUCAUGCAAGUUCCUCCACUCUACUCUGCUCUGAAGAAGGAUGGCCAGCGUCUGUCUGUCCUGCUGAAAAAGGGUCACAAGGUUGAGGCCAAACCUGCUAGACCUGUCACUGUGUACAACCUGACUCUGCACGAGUUCAAGCCUCCUUUCUUCACUCUAGAGGUUGACUGUGGUGGGGGAUUUUAUGUCAGAAGCUUGGUGGAUGACCUGGGGAAAGCUCUGUCAUCCUGUGCUCAUGUGAAGAAUCUGGUGCGGACCAAGCAGGGUCAGUUCACCCUGGAGGAGCAUGCCUUACACGAGGAGCAGUGGACACUGAAGCAUGUCCUGCAGUCUCUGCAACCUUGUACAGAGUCGGAGCAGGGUACUUAACCAUCAGAUCAACACAAUGGGAACAGGACCCAGGCUAAGAAUAUGACAUGACUAUCUUGUUUGGCUUUUCAAUGAAGAAAACAGUUGGUCUCAGUUUGGCUAUUUCUCUUGGCUAUUUUAGGUAGUGUUUGUUACAAGCAUAACAAAUUGAGACACUUGUUGAAACCUCCUUUUGAGAACUCUUUUGACCAGUGUCAUUAUUCCCGCCCUGGACUUUAGAUGUUUGAGUCCACGUAUUUGCGGUUUCUAUUUUUCUCUGUCUCACCUGCAGUUUAAUUUGUUUAAUUUGUGAAUGGUUAUCUAUUUGAACUUUGUAAACAUUCCAACCCCAGCUUCUAUCUUCUAUUUCUCAUUGCCCUCUUAUUAUAGUGUUAGGUGAUAGAAACCCUAAGUAUAUAUUUAAUACAAUAUCACUUAUCUAUGAAACUGAGAAGGAAAGGCUAUGAUAGGAAAAAGUGCUUGACAAUACACACAGGAAAUAGACUGGUGGUGUGUUGAACAUAUUUUCGAGAAGCAUGACACACUACUGGUCCCAUGAUAAAAAGGUUGAGAGUAUUUUAUUUUUGUAGAAAUCGUGUAUAGAGACAGAUUUUUCUGUGUUUGACACAUUUGUGAGGAAUCUUUGAAAAAUCGGAAAUAUUGACUUCAGUUGUAUUAUAAUGUUAAUUCUGGUUUAUAUGAAUGGUUUUGUUUCGGACCUAACAUGCAUUUCUUAAAAAAGCAGGUAAAAUAUAUGAAUUAGUUGAUUUGCAGAAAAGGUCAAAACAGUGCUCUCUCUCAUGAUCCGCACAUCCAAGUGUUGUUUCAUCAUGUUUUCUGCAUUUUCAGAUUGAAUAAAUAUUCAAGUGAAACUAUUAUCUUUGUUAAAUACUAAUGCGUUUUUUUACCAAUAUCUUUACUAAUGGCAAAAACAGCAUUAACCAGAAAUGCAAAGCAAACAACACAGCAUCAUUAGAGUAUACUAUGUGGUUUAUGAGUAGUGAUGUGCAUCUGCCACAUGACGUGAUGUCAUGAGGCUGCUAUAGUCCACAAUGAAGGUAGUAAUGGUGUGAGUUGGGAGAGAGUCCAUUGCCUCCAGGAGCUAUUAAUAAAAACAACGUUUUAUAUGUUUUUGCUUUGGAAGUGAUUCUUAUAAUUUGAAAUUGUAUUUUUGUAUUAAAAUCUUCUUUUCUAAGUCCUAGUUUCAAUUCAUGCUCUUCAUCUCAAAAAAUGCAAUACAAAAUAAAAAGCUAGGUCCUUUGUUUACGAUGAGUGUUACAUAAAAUAUAAUGUACAUCUGUCCAAAGUUAAGACGACAUUAAAAUCUUACUUUUAAUCUUUAAAUCGCUGGUUACGUCCUCAUUCUGUCUUCUUUCUGCUUAGCACUGAACCCUAAACUAUUCUGUUGUCUGUGUGUGAAGGUUGUAUGAAAAAGCGCAUAGCAACCCUAAUUGAAUGUAUAUGUGUGUGAUGUACUGCAAAGCACUUUGAGUGGUAAUAUAUAUGCAAACCAUUUACCAUAGCAGGAAAGGCAAAGGUUUAAUCAGUAACAAUCACAAUAGAUGACAUGACCUAAUGGGUCACUAAAUGGAACUUAGCCAUUGAUAAUGUUAUUAAUUGCACCUGUACGAUGCUGUGUCUUUGGUUCUUGGGCUUUGUCAAUACACCCAUAUACAUGUAUGUUCAUAUACGGAUAUGUUCACCGUGAUAUAUAUAUAUUCAUAGACAUAUGUACAUGAUCGGCAUAAGUUCAUGGAUAUAUUUAUGUUAGCAUACAUUUUCUAGGUAUAUAGACACAUGUUUAUAGACAGAUAUAUAUUAAUAAACAUGUAUAUUCACAGACAGAUACACUUUUUCAACAGACAGGGAUGGGCAGAGGAUGUCACAAGGGGGCGGGGCCCA